UCCGCUCCUUAGCUUUUAAACCCUCUUUUCAUCUGUAUAUAUAACCGCUCCCCUUUCUCCACUGUCUCUCACAUACUCGCAAAAAACCUCCAUCCAUUUUCUCCUUUCCAGACCCUUCUUCUUCGUUAUCUCCGUCCUCGCUUUUCCAAUGGCUGGUGGAAAGAUUAAGAUCGGAAUCAACGGGUUCGGCCGUAUUGGUCGUUUGGUUGCUAGGGUUGCUCUCAAGAGGGACGAUGUUGAGCUCGUUGCUGUGAACGAUCCGUUCAUCCCUACUGACUACAUGACCUACAUGUUCAAGUAUGAUACCGUCCAUGGUGGGUGGAAGCACUCUGAUGUGAAGGUGAAGGAUGAGUCCACCCUUCUCUUCGGCGACAAGGAAGUUAAGGUUUUCGGUCUCAGGAACCCGGAGGAGAUCCCAUGGGCAUCUGUUGGUGCUGACUUCGUUGUUGAGUCCACUGGUGUCUUCACUGACAAGGACAAAGCUGCUGCUCACUUGAAGGGUGGUGCCAAGAAGGUUAUCAUCUCUGCCCCAAGCAAAGAUGCACCCAUGUUCGUUGUUGGUGUCAACGAGAAGGAAUACAAGCCGGAGCUUAACAUUGUCUCCAACGCUAGCUGCACAACCAACUGCCUUGCUCCCUUGGCCAAGGUUAUCAACGACAGGUUCGGAAUUGUUGAGGGACUCAUGACCACCGUCCAUGCCAUCACUGCCACCCAAAAGACCGUUGAUGGACCAUCAAACAAGGACUGGAGGGGUGGAAGAGCUGCUUCCUUCAACAUCAUUCCCAGCAGCACUGGAGCUGCCAAGGCUGUUGGCAAGGUUCUCCCAGAACUGAAUGGAAAGUUGACUGGUAUGGCCUUCCGUGUCCCAACUGCUGAUGUCUCAGUGGUCGACCUGACUGUCAAAAUUGCCAAGGCAGCAACAUACGAGCAAAUCAAGGCUGCCAUCAAGGAGGAGUCUGAGGGUAAUCUCAAGGGCAUCUUGGGAUACGUUGAUGAGGAUGUUGUGUCUGCUGAUUUCCUCGGUGACAGCAGGUCAAGCAUCUUUGAUGCCAAGGCUGGAAUUGCAUUGAACGACAACUUUGUCAAGCUCGUGUCGUGGUAUGACAACGAAUGGGGCUACAGCACCCGUGUUGUUGACCUGAUCUGCCACAUCGCCAAGACCGUGUAAAUUGGGAGAUAAGAGAUCAAGGAAGGAUUGGAAUGGAAGGGCUGAGCUCCUGUUGAGUUUCUUUUUUCAUGUUGAUGAGUGGGUGGUGGGUUGUUGAUGUGGUUUUCAUUUUCCCAGAGUUUUAGAGAUACAGUUGGUAUCAUAUCAUAGCUGUUUCGGGAGGAACCCUUUUGACUAUGGAAUAAGGAUUUAGUUGAAUUCUGAAUUUUGCCUUUGCUGGUACCAGUAUAAAUGUUUAUGGUUAUGGUUCUGGUUCAUGUAUCAGAUAAAAGCUUUGUUAAUCAAAGCUCAGCAGGGAAGUGUCUUCCUUUUCCUGGCAAAGCUUUCACUGCCAUUGAGGUGUCCGUCCUGGCUUGGUCUAUAGUGGGGUGCAUUUAGUGACGGCUUAUAUGUUGCCGAUGACAAGUGUGACGCGAAUACUCGUCAUUGUGAAAUACUGAAAUGGACGUUUGGCUCCAAGCCAAAACUAGCUCGGUAGAGGUGUUUAAUUUGGAUAUCAUCGAGGUAUGUGUUGUAUUGAAUUGAUAGACUAGUCGACGUUGUCAAUUAUCUGUCGGUUUCUGUAACCCAACUUGUUUUAUGGGCCGGAAGGAUAACGUAACAGAGGUAUGGUUCUUCAAUGUUGGCCUGAAAAUCUCCAAGUGCUCUCAUUUGAGUUGGCGGCAUAGUGACCAGAAAUUGGGCAACAAAUUCUGUCAGAAAGGCUUGAAAAACUGACUCAAUCCAUCUUUUCGAGAAAAGGUAGUUCCAAUCCUCAAAAAGAUAAUUUACAUCUGGAAACUUGAAAGUCGGUUGACGAAAUAUACAUCACUUGAAUGCAUCACCAAUGGAGCCCCAAUACUGUAAGAAGAGCUUGAUGAAAUACUUUGAGAAGAUGCCUUGGGCUUGGAAUGGAACCCUCAUCUUUGGACUGUCUAUUUCGGAAGGGAAAAAAAGAAGAAGCCCAUUCACUCUCAGCAUAUCUAAUCAAGGAUCACAGAGUCCAACAACCCCUUAACUUCACAUGAAACUACUUUUUCACAUGCCUCACUCACCUGCUCCACAAUCACAAAGCUCUUCACGUUUCUGAUCCAAAGCCCCAACUUUAGCAACUCCAGUUUCAUAUGACAGAUUGAAUUUAUGGCAUCCGCCUGAACAUCAAACACCAGUCAGUCAGAAGUCUUCUUUAUGCGCAAGCAACAGUAAGCCCCCGUCUCACUGGUUUCAUACAUAUAUAUAUAUAUUUGGUUAUGAAGAGCUUAAAAGAGUCUUGUGCAUGAUUUUAUACUGUCAGCUGAAUUAAGGUUUAGAUUUUUGGUUCGAGAAAUAGAUUCAGCGGCCAAUUUCCUACUGUCUCAUGUUGCUCCUUGGGAAGUUUCCGAGAUAGUCCUCAAAUCCCUGUCUGUAAGUUGAAUCACUGUGUCCUUUCUGCAUUUGGCUAUGGAUCUUCACAGUUGAAUAGUAUUGCAUUUCAUCAACAGGAGCAACAAGGUUAUGGGUCAGCCAACCCGUCUGAUCUUAACUACUUGGUACCCAAAGUAUCUGUUAUGGGGGAUGACUGAUUUUAUAAGACCAUUCAGCUGGUAUCUCAUCUCAUGGCCUUGUUUCCAAAUUGCUUUCUCGGUUCAAGGAUAAGACCAUUCAAAUUGUUUGAACUUUGAAGAGAUGAUAAGAUAAGUAAGUAUAUAACCUAGCUACCAGACCUGCAGUGUCUUACUUGCUAGAGGAAUUAUUAGGGUCAAAUCGGUUAGGUUAAAUCUUUGGGUAGUUAUAGAGAAUUAAUCGAAUUAUAUAUAUAUAUAUAUAUAUAUAUAUAUAUAUAUAUUCUGUGUUAGGCAUAAGCUAGGGUUAAGCAAUAACAACAGAAUUAUUCC